GCCGCGGCGGGGGCAAUGCCUCCCGCAUACGUGAUGAAGCGAGCGGCCGGGCUGCGCUCCGUCGGCAGCAGCGAGCCGUGAGCCCGGGCGCCUCCGCACUGCAGCCCCCUCCCACCGGCGCCGGGGGGCGGCGGGAGGCGGCGCGGGACGCGGCUGGCUGCGGAGCGGAGCGCGGAGCUCCCGGGCAGCGGCGUGCGGCCGCGGGCAGCCGGCGCCAUGCUGAACAACCUGGCCGACUGCGAGGACGGCGACGGCGGCGCCAGCCAAGGCGAUGGCAAUCCCAAGGAGAGCAGCCCCUUCAUCAACAGCACGGACCUGGAGAAGGGCAAGGAGUACGAUGGCAAAAACAUGGCCCUCUUCGAGGAGGAGAUGGACACCAGUCCCAUGGUCUCGUCCCUGCUGAGUGGGCUGGCCAACUACACCAACCUGCCACAGGGCAGCCGGGAGCAUGAGGAGGCUGAGAACAAUGAUGGGGGCAAGAAGAAGCCAGUGCAGGCCCCACGGAUGGGCACCUUCAUGGGUGUCUACCUGCCCUGCCUCCAGAACAUCUUCGGGGUCAUUCUCUUCCUGCGCCUCACCUGGGUGGUGGGAAUUGCUGGCAUCAUGGAGUCCUUCUGCAUGGUCUUCCUCUGCUGCUCCUGCACAAUGCUGACUGCCAUCUCCAUGAGCGCGAUUGCCACCAAUGGCGUGGUGCCAGCUGGUGGCUCCUACUACAUGAUCUCACGCUCCUUGGGACCUGAGUUUGGUGGGGCUGUGGGGCUCUGCUUCUACCUGGGCACCACCUUUGCCGGCGCCAUGUACAUCCUGGGCACCAUUGAAAUCUUGCUGGCCUACAUCUUCCCAGCCAUGGCCAUCUUCAAGGCAGAGGAUGCCAGCGGGGAGGCGGCUGCCAUGCUCAACAACAUGCGCGUGUAUGGCACCUGCGUGCUGACCUGCAUGGCCACCGUGGUGUUCGUGGGGGUCAAGUAUGUCAACAAGUUUGCCCUGGUCUUCCUGGGCUGUGUCAUCCUCUCCAUCCUUGCCAUCUAUGCCGGUGUCAUCAAGUCAGCCUUCGACCCUCCGAGCUUCCCGAUCUGCCUCCUGGGCAACAGGACCCUCUCACGCCAUGGCUUUGACCUCUGCACCAAGAUGGUGGUGGAAGGGAAUGAGACAGUGGGCUCCAAGCUCUGGGAGCUCUUCUGCACCUCCCGCUUCCUGAAUGCCACCUGUGAUGAGUACUUCACCAUGAACAACGUGACCGAGAUCGAGGGCAUCCCUGGUGCUGCCAGCGGCCUCAUCCAAGAGAACCUCUGGAGCUCGUACCUGACCAAAGGCGUGAUCGUGGAGAAGAGGGGGCUGCCCUCCGUGAGCCCCCCCGACGUGCCGGUGGACAUGGACCAGCCCUACGUCUUCAGCGACAUGACCUCCUACUUCACCCUGCUCGUUGGCAUCUACUUCCCCUCGGUCACAGGCAUCAUGGCUGGCUCCAACCGCUCUGGAGACCUGCGGGAUGCCCAGAAGUCUAUCCCCACAGGCACCAUCCUGGCCAUUGCCACCACCUCUGCCGUCUAUAUCAGCUCCGUGGUUCUCUUCGGGGCGUGCAUCGAGGGGGUUGUGCUGCGUGAUAAGUUUGGUGAAGCUGUCAACGGGAACCUGGUGGUUGGCACCCUGGCAUGGCCGUCCCCGUGGGUCAUUGUCAUCGGCUCCUUCUUCUCCACAUGUGGGGCUGGACUGCAGAGCCUCACUGGAGCCCCCCGCCUCCUGCAGGCCAUCUCCAGGGAUGGGAUCGUGCCUUUCCUCAGGGUUUUUGGGCAUGGCAAAGCCAAUGGAGAGCCAACGUGGGCCCUGCUGCUCACAGCCUGCAUCUGCGAGAUCGGGAUCCUGAUCGCCUCCCUGGACGAGGUGGCUCCCAUCCUCUCCAUGUUCUUCCUCAUGUGCUACAUGUUCGUCAACCUGGCGUGCGCCGUGCAGACGCUGCUGCGCACGCCCAACUGGCGCCCACGCUUCCGCUACUACCACUGGACCCUGUCCUUCCUGGGCAUGAGCCUCUGCCUGGCGCUGAUGUUCAUCUGCUCCUGGUACUACGCGCUGGUGGCCAUGCUGAUCGCUGGCCUCAUCUACAAAUACAUUGAGUACCGUGGGGCAGAGAAGGAGUGGGGUGAUGGCAUCCGUGGGCUGUCCCUGAGCGCUGCCCGCUAUGCCCUGCUGCGGCUGGAGGAGGGACCUCCCCACACCAAGAACUGGAGGCCACAGCUGCUGGUGCUGGUCCGUGGGGAUCAGGAGCAGAACGUGGUGCACCCGCAGCUCCUGUCCUUCACAUCGCAGCUCAAGGCUGGCAAGGGACUCACCAUUGUGGCCUCUGUGCUGGAAGGGACCUUCCUGGACAACCACCCACAGGCACAGAGAGCGGAGGAGUCCAUCCGGCGCUUGAUGGAAGCGGAGAAGGUGAAGGGCUUCUGCCAGGUGGUCAUCUCCUCCAACCUGCGUGACGGCAUGUCCCACCUCAUCCAGUCCAGCGGGCUGGGCGGGCUGCAGCACAACACCGUGCUGGUGGGCUGGCCCCGCAGCUGGCGCCAGAAGGAGGACCACCAGACCUGGAGGAACUUCAUCGAGCUGGUGCGAGAGACCACAGCCGGGCACCUGGCCUUGCUGGUGGCCAAGAAUGUCGCCAUGUUCCCGGGCAACCAGGAGCGGUUCUCAGAGGGCCACAUCGAUGUCUGGUGGAUCGUCCACGACGGGGGGAUGCUGAUGCUGCUGCCCUUCCUCCUGCGGCACCACAAGGUCUGGCGCAAGUGCAAGAUGCGGAUCUUCACGGUGGCACAGAUGGACGACAACAGCAUCCAGAUGAAGAAGGACCUGACCACGUUCCUCUACCACCUGCGCAUCACCGCAGAGGUGGAGGUGGUGGAGAUGCACGAGAGCGACAUCUCCGCCUACACCUACGAGAAGACGCUGGUGAUGGAGCAGCGCUCGCAGAUCCUCAAGCAAAUGCACCUCACCAAGAACGAGAGGGAGCGGGAGAUCCAGAGCAUCACGGAUGAGUCCCGCGGCUCCAUCCGGCGCAAGAACCCGGCCAACACGCGCCUGCGCCUGAAUGUCCCUGAGGAGCAGGUGGGAGACGGCGAAGAGAAGCCGGAGGAGGAGGUUCAGCUCAUCCACGACAAAAACGCCACCACCUUCUCCAGCAGCUCUCAGUCUCCUGGUGAUGAGGUGGAGACAGCCCCUGAGAAGGUCCAUCUCACCUGGACCAAGGAGAAGUCUGUUGCAGAGAAGAACAAGAGCAAGAGCCCUGUCAGCCCUGAGGGCAUCAAGGACUUCUUCAACAUGAAGCCGGAGUGGGAGAACCUGAACCAGUCCAACGUGCGGAGGAUGCACACGGCCGUGAAGCUCAAUGAAGUGAUUGUGAAGAAGUCCCAGGAUGCCAAGCUGGUCCUGCUGAACAUGCCAGGGCCUCCCCGCAACCGGAAAGGGGAUGAGAACUACAUGGAGUUCCUGGAGGUACUGACAGAGCACCUGGACCGAGUGCUCCUGGUGCGUGGUGGGGGCCGGGAGGUCAUCACCAUCUACUCCUGAAACUCGGCGUGCAAGAGAGGUUUGUGUGCACGCUGAGCGCCCCCACCCCGUGCACCGCGGCUGGAGGGAGGAGGGAACGCCGGGCGGCAGCCGGUGCGCAGAAACUUCACCUGGCUUCGGCCGUGCCCCUGACCUCUCCAUGCGAACUGCAGCACCUGAUCUUCCGGGAGCAUCCAGCACCAGAGCAGCUGUUCCUCAUUGCAACAUCACAGCACUGCUGUCCUUGUUUGUACAUAAAUACAGACAGAGUACCGCGGACUGCGCGCCAGCGCCGCCACCGCCGCCCGGCCCCAGCACCGCCGCCCGCGGGCCCUGGCCAGGCAGGACGUGGCUGUGCUGAGAUGGGCACCGGGCCCUGCCGUGCCGCUGCCCCUGCGCGGAGCUUGGCUGGACGUGCCUGUGCCCUGCCUCUCCGCUGAGGCGCAGGGAGAAGAGAGAGGCCACCAGCACGACUUUCCUCGCCGGACGCUCCUCUCCCCACCCCUGGCAGUGCCCAGGGCUGCCUCCCGUGGCACUGACCCCUGGCUGCCCCUCGCCACGGUGGACCUGGACAUCCACACCACGCUGCUGACUCAGUGCUGCCCGUCUCUGGAGGCCACAGGCCGAGCUGUCGGAGAUGCAGAAUGCUGGUUUGGAGGGGGCAGAGGGUGGGGGGGCAGCCAUAGCAGAGAUCCCAUGACAGCACGAGGCCUGGCCUGGGGUGGGUGGGUGCUCCUUGUCCCUCUUCCCACUGACUUCAGGCUUGCUUUUCCCUGGUGCUCUCCUGGUGCUUGUGCCCUGGUUGUGGCUUGGAGCAGCAGUGCCAAGCAGAGGCCCCACCGUGGCCACACUGCGGCCAGCUGGAGCUGCCUGAGUGUCAUUG